AUGCCCUCGAGUUGCUGGAUUAUCACUGGUGGGUUUAAUUUGGGCAUCAUGAAGCUAGCAGGAGAAGCUGUGCGUGACUACACUGACGCCUACGGAGGCAAUCGGAUGAUGGCGUUUGGUGUAGCCAGCUGGGACUGCGUAGCCAAAAAUGAAAUGCUCGAAGCCGCUUUGCAUGAGGGCAAUACGAUUGCUGCAAGCGUUGUAAAUACUCUUUGGGGCAUUUAG